AUGGCAGCAUGCAGGUGCGCAUGUUGCCGCCUACCAAGCGUCAGCCCCGUCCGACCAAGACACGCACAUAAAAGUUCACGGCGAGGAUGCCCCGCGGCCUGCGGAGCUUGGAGGCCAGCAGGCGCAGAAAUGGGGUCGCCACCAGUGGCCCAGCCACCUCCCCGCCCGCAAAGACAUCGUGGAUGA